AUGUCGGCGAACGUGGCAGAGUUGCCGGCUCGGCUGGCGUCCAGGCUGCGGCGGGCCCGCGACCUGAGGGACGAGGAGAAGCUGUACCGGCACCGGGGUGUUCUCUACCCGCUCCUCAUGUGCCCGCCGGAGCACCUGAGCGCCCUGGAGGGCGUGACGGCCAGGGAGGACGACGUCUUGCUGGUGGCUUAUCCCAAGUGCGGUUUCAACUGGAUGGUGGGCGUGCUGAAGCAGAUCCUGACGCAGGCCAUGGGAAGGACAAUCGACACCAUCAUGCCGCCGCUCAUCGAGUUCUUCGGACCGGACGUCGCUCAGGUGAUGGACCAAAUGGCUUCUCCCAGAUUGUUGGGCACCCACAUGCACCCCGACAACAUCCCCGCCUCCUUCUACGCCAACAAGAGCAAAAUUCUGGUCAUCUUCCGGAACCCCAAAGACACGCUGGUCUCCUUCUACCACUUCUGCAACAGCAACCCUGUGCUCCCCUCCUCAACCUCCUGGGACUCCUUCUAUGGCAACUUCCUCUCCGGAGAGGUUCCCUGGGGCUCGUACUUUGACCACGCGUUGGCCUGGGAGCAAAAGAUGGCCGACCCCAACGUGAUGAUCGUCACCUACGAGCAACUCAAGCAAGACCUGGGCGAGAGCGUCCGUCACAUUUCGUCCUUUUUGGACGUGGAGCUGAGUGACGCUCAAGUGCAGCUGGUGUCUGACGGAAGCACCUUCGCCGCCAUGAAGGAGAGCUCGCAGAUGUCGCACGGGCCGAUGGGAAAUAUCUUCUUCAGGAAAGGCGAAAUUGGCGACUGGAGGAACCAUUUCACCGAGGAGCAGAGCCACAAGAUGGACCAGGCGUUCAGCAAACAUCUGGCCGGGACCCGAUUGGGCCGCCUGCUCGACUACGAGCUCCACUGCAAGUAGUCGGACGCCGCCGGCAGCAGGCGACAACUUCCUGAGGGCCUCCCGCCAAUUUGGCCCGAGGAGAGCUCAUAUUUCGAAAAGAUAUGCGACCAAGCUUGAAAAUCGAUUUAACUCAAGAGAAGCGAGAUGAAAUUCAGUUGGAGCAUCCAUUUUACCGGCUACCGAGAACGAAAAAUCCGUUUUCUUCCACCUAGCAGUGGCUGCUGGGUCAAUAGAGGGCGCUAGCGCAGCAUCCGAUCGCUUCGGCUAAGUCAAGACAGCGAAUCUGUAACCGAAUCCAAUUUCAAAGUAAAUCUUUGACCCAGCUCAACCAAUUUAAAUUGUUGGGUUGACCUCCGUUGUGUCAUUUUACGAUGCCAUUAACCUCCCGCGAUGCAAACAAAAUUGAGCACGGCGGGGGGCGCUCCAUUCCACGUGACACCUGGCGAUCGCCGAUGGGCUUGUGGAAGGGCCUCCGCCCGCGGCUGCCGAAUGAUUCAAGCUCAGCAGAAGUGGCGGCCUUCAGUCAUGGGCGCAAGUCGUUGCUUUCUCCGUCUCUGUUCCUGUUCCUUCGUCCCCUCAAUUGCGCCACUCCUUGCCUCAGCCCAAAUGUGCACAUUUUCUUCCUCUUAAGAUGUCCCAACUUGUGGUCAGGCUUGACUGUCCUCCCCAGCACAUCAGAGAUGCUGUCAUCGGGUUUGACUUUACUCUUGGCCGAAUCCUCAUUUUCAAAUUAUCCGAUGGAAGAAACCAUUUGUUCACAUCAUCCAAAAGCCAACGUGUAAUUUCCCCUGGGAUUAAUAAAGUAUCGGUCAUUUAUCUCUA